AUGAACCCCGAGAAGCUGAAGCAGCUACAGGCCUCUGUCCGCGUCGGCGGCAAAGGAACUGCUCGAAGAAAGAAGAAGAUCGUCCACAAGGCGUCUUCGACCGACGACAAGAAGCUUCAGAGCCAGCUCAAGAAACUCUCCAUCAACCCCAUCCCAGGAAUCGAAGAAGUUAACAUGUUCAAGGAAGACGGAUCCGUCCUUCACUUCCAGAACCCCAAGGUUCAAGCAUCCCCCAACGCCAACACCUUCGCCAUCUCCGGCAGCGCCCAGACCAAGCAGAUCUCCGAGAUGCUUCCCCAGAUCGUGAGCCAGAUGGGCCCCGAAGGUUUCGCCUCCCUCCGCAAAAUGGCGAUGAAGGGCGCCGAAGCUGAAGCCGCCAAGAACGACGAUGUCCCCGAACUCGAAGGCGACUUUGAGGAAGAAAGCAAAAAGGAUCGGAGCUAA